AUGGACCCACUUAUAGUCCUGACAAGCCAACUUAACCCCAUAUGGAACUACUUUGAUGCUAAAGAAUUGCAGGCAGGCAUUGUUGGCUAUUGGCGUGAAUAUUGUAGAAAGUUCACGGCUGGUGAUGUACCGUCACCAGGUUUCCCCAUGUCCGUGCACCGGCCCAGCUGCAAUGACAUGGUGGUGCAUGACUCGGUGUUAGUCCGUCUCGGUGAAGAACGCCCCAGUGCAGAUCAGGUUGAGACUGGCAGGUGGGUGGCUUCGGCCACUGAUCCAAUGGAUUCCUUGAUUCUGCCCGUGGGUGGACACCCCCAAGCGGUAUCUGAGCCCUCUGUGCUAUCUCCCUCUGACCGUCGGGUCAUUGCAGAUGUGCGGAAACUCAAAUUUGCAAACAAUUCUUUCAACAAAUGGAAAUGUGCCUUGCUUGAUUGCGAAAGGCCAGAACUUAAAGCACCGACUGAUUGA